AUGUUUAGCUUUGGAAAUUACCCUAAAGAUAAACUUAUGAAUAAAGGUGUUUUGUCAAGCGAUACCCCAGUCACCCGUCUUUCCAAAAUACUUUCCGAGGCUAAUUUCCUUGACACUUCUAAGAAGACAGAACUAAAACUGAGUCAAAUUUCAAAAAUCGUACCUGCAGAUAUAGAUGAGAGUGCAAACCAAGAACCUCCCACAGCGUCAUCAUGGCCUGAAACUCAAGAAUUCUUAGUUCGUGAAGGUUCCAACAGUUGCUCAUCGGGUUACUACAGUAAUGCCACAACUCACUCUGCCCCAGCUUCUUGCAUAUGUGAACGCGUUUGUGAAACAAAUGCGUUUGAAAAUGAUCAGCCUGUUUCUACAAUUGAAAGUGCCUACUGUUUUUCGGAAUACUUGACACCUGCUGAGAGCAAACUUCGCAGAGCUCACUCCUGCUCAAGUCGGGGAUGGCUUGCCAAACGACAACGUCGGCAGCAGUGGCCACGGAUAUCUGGUAUAUGUAAAGUGAAAGGGGCUUCGAAUUCCUCCAUUUUGAAUGUUGACACUAAUUCAUGUCCCGCUGUCAUAAGUCACGAUAAUCAGUCAAUGAUGAGGCGUUAUUCUUUACCACCAGUUGGCGAAGUGGGAUCAUCUGGGACUUCAGAUGACUCGCCAGUAAAGUCAAAUAUCAUGAGUUUUCUAUCAUCCAAAAGUCCCAGCCCAAGAAAACAAGUAGACUUAUCAAACAGUUCAGUGUGCCCUGUGAUCAAAAAGCAACGUUUUGACUCUCCCACGAAGUCUAAUCUGGACGUUACACUACCAUCAGAGGAUGUGAAUGAUGUUUCAGACCAUGAAAUUGCUGGAAACUUAUUUCCAAAUUCAAAUCAUAUGCCAAGACCAUUUUUUGAUCUUCUGCGACAUCAUUCAACUCCUAUGCCAUCUUCUUAUUCAUACAAACCUUGCCCAAGAUCCCCUGUAGAAGUCAUUGCUGAAGGAGAUUUACACAAACCAGUUAUGUCUAAAUGUGUUUCCGAAUUACCUUCAAUUUCAUACGAUAGAAUUGCAAAGUGUAUCGGCUCUCUGAGCAGUCACAGUUUGUGCAGCGAUGGAAGGCGGUCACGUGCAUUGCGUGUUGUGGAUAGGACUGGCUCCGGUUUACACUGUGUGUCAACCGAAACGGUUGCUGAUUUGGUGUCGGGCAACAACAAACGAAAUGUGAAUUUUGUCAUUGUAGACUGCCGCUUUCCGUACGAGUAUGAAGGUGGACAUAUUAAAGGUGCAAUCAAUAUCUUCACCCACAGCGAUCUUGUUCAAGAAAUUUUCAAUCGUGUACCAGCACAGCGGCCUCCUGGUACGUCUGGACCCCCACGAUAUCUUGGUCAAGAAUUAGGUCGAAGAUUAGCAGUAACACAGCGAGAACCACUAUCCGCACCAUGUGAGCUUCUUUCUGAUGAUGAAGAUGACUUGGAAAUUUUUGGAAAUACGACUUCAGAUGUUUCUGACUCUGAUCUACCAUGUGCCGAUGAUAAUGGUAUAACGGAGACAAAUCUACUUGGUGAUAGUUCGAAAUCAGAGCCAGAUCUCAGUUAUAUCAGCAGUAGUACAGCGAAUUCCGGUGACUCAAACACUCAAGACCCUCCAUUUGUUGUCAUUUUUCACUGUGAAUUUUCCUCUCAGCGUGCACCUGCCUUGGCUGCAUUCCUACGAAGUGUUGAUCGUGUGUCAAAUUACCACCGCUAUCCGUUUCUCUAUUUUCCGGAGAUCUAUGUUAUGAAAGGUGGAUACUCUGCAUUUUAUAAAAAAUUCUCUCAUUUGUGUACGCCGCAAGAAUAUGUGAAAAUGUUCCAUCGAGACCAUAGAAAUGAUUUGCGUUUGUACAAGCGUCUCACACGUCGUGUAAGUUCUGCCUGUUUGGCAUGUAUUAAACCACAACCAAACGAAAACAAAAAGCCAGAUAUACCAUUGUGUGAAGUCGACAGUUUUUGUCAGCUUCCUCGACUGAAGAAACCUGAUGACAUUCCACUGCAACUUCAAUUUCCUUCGAAGCAUGCAUUCCAUAUCGGGGACGAAAGCGAUGUUUCCUGUAACAUGCAGGUUGAGAAUAAGGAAAACUGUGUACCAGCAGACGUUUGCAGCCAUUCACAAAAUACCUCUACUCAUUCUUCAAGUAAUGAGAAGCCUGAUGUGACUUCUCCUUCUGUAGCACCUUGUAGUUCUGAAAGACUAUCGUCGAGUAUGGUAGAUAGUCCUCUUGGUUUGGCAGAGGUGGUUGUCAGGGUUGGUCGUCGAGUGAUUGCAGCCACGUUGGGUGGUGCUGGCGCAAAGUCUACUGAAGUUGCUCGCGUUUUAAAUCAAGUAAAACAACCUGAAUCGGUUCAACCAGUUAAUGUUGUACAAAGGAGGCCACAGGCGCGUUUUGCACUGAAACGUGCUCUUACUACUAGUGCCUUGGAUACUCCUUGUCAAAUGUUACGUCCAAGUGAUCACAAUCCUUUCUGUGAUGGUGGUAGUUAUUUACAAAAUACACCAGCGAUUAGGAAAGCUCGGCCUAAUAAUGAUACAUUUGAUUUAGCAGCAAUGGCAACAGACAAUAAUAAUAAUAGUUGUUUAACAAUAUCAAACUCUUCAGUUGAUUCGAAUCAUAAUAUUGAGGUUCAGUCUUCACCAGAAAAAGGACUUUUGUCUUACCACAGUCUUUCAACAUAUAAUAAAGAAAUGUAGGAUAAUUCGAAAAAAAGUGAAGUGAACGAUGUUUGCUCUAUGUUCACUGAUCUUACAGCAUGUACGUUCCAUCCCCAUGCAUCUGUGACUGUUGAAUCAGACAAGAAUUUGGUUCACAUACAACGGCAUGGAUUCUCAAAAACUGUCAUCACACGGGAAGUUUAUGAUGAUUUAUUGAUAACGAUGAGUUUCGACUGUCUAUUUUUUUUCUUUGCUCAAUACUUGAAUUAAUGUAAAGUCACAUCUUGAAAACAAUGUAGAGUUUCCAACUACCAGGAAUACCAUCAUCAAACCCUCGGUGAUUGUACGGCCACCUCAUGGUCAUCCAGGCUAAAAUUACCUUGGCUUAGAAUAUAAACCUAGUCGAAAUAAACUUUGAAAAGCGAUAUGGUUUCCUCCUGAAUAAUUGCCUGUUUCAUUUUUCACGUUUAAGAAAAAUGAGAUAUCAAACAUUUCCUAAAUUAUCUAAGAUUAUUUUCAAACAUAUUUGAGAUCAGCUAUCUUUAAGAAGUUUGUUUACAUAAAACGAGCAAUACACUUUGCAAGUCGCUGUAGUCUGUUCUAACUUUCUAACUGAUUUAUAGGGCUUCCCUACAAAAGCAAACCUAAGUAAGCAUUUAUCAUUUUCUAAAGCGUAUGUAACAGGAUAAUAAUUUGUUGCUUUCUGCUUUCUGUACACUUAUUUCCUUAUAAAACUUUUCGGUGAUCAUCUCCUUUUGUUAAUUCAGACAAUAAAAAAUCAGAAUCAGACUGCAACAAUUAAAUAUCAACGCGUUUAAUUCGACUCAACAAAUACGGAUCAAACGGAAAUGUGUAACUAAUUCUAGGGGAAUCCGUAAAGGCUCACAUGUACAAUUGAUUCAAACUGUUUUUCAUUCGCAGGAGAAAUCUGUAAAAUUUUGUUAACAUUUUUAGAAAUUUUUUAAUGUAUUUACCGUG